AUGUCCACAUUUUAUGCUGGACAAUUAUUAUGUGGAGGAUUUCAAGGUACCACCGUUACCCCUCAAGCGUAUCAUUUAAUUGUUGAACACCAUGUAUCGGCCAUGAUAUUAUCGCGGAAAAAUGCCUUUAAUGUGGAGCAGAUGACGAAAUUGAUCAAAGACCUUCAGUAUAUUGCCAUGACAGAGGGCAGGUACAAGUAUCCAAUCAUGUUUGCCAUAGAUGAGGAAGGUGGGAUGAUGAACUCGUUGUUUGACCCCGACUUCUUAACUCAGUACCCUGGGGCGAUGGCGCUAGCAGCGACAGGUGAUCCUCAAUUGGUGUAUGAGAUUCUGAGAGCUAUAGCUAUUGAAAUAAAGAAAAUAGGGUUUUCUAUAAUUUUAGGUCCCGUGUUAGAUGUUGUGACAAAACUAUCACAUCAGUUGGUGGGAGUUAGGAGUUUUGGAACCACCAUUGAAGAUGUGGUUAAAUAUGGACGUAUGUGUGCCCAAGGGUUACAGGAUGGAGGGUUGUUUACCGUGGGGAAACAUUUCCCAGGUAUUGGAAACGCUACUGUUGACUCAUUACUAGAACUACCCAUGAUGGGUGACUCGUUAGAACAAUUGAGGCAUUUUAAUGUUGUGCCAUUUGAAAUGUUGAUCAAUGAAGGGUUGUUAGAUGGAAUAAGUGCUGCUGGGUGUGGUGUGCCCAAUAUUAGCCCCGACGAAACGCAUGCAUGUCUCUCCCCAGUUGUGAUUAACCAGUUGCUACGACAAGAAUUGAACUUUGAUGGGUUUGUUAUUAGUGAGUGUUUAGAGAUGGAAGCUCUUUACCAUUCUGUGGGGUUAGGCCAAGGGGUGAUUUUGGCAAUCAAUGCCGGCUGCGAUUUGGUGAUGGUGUGUCAUGACAUGGAAUUGCAAAACGAAGCUAUUGACUCAAUUAAAACGGCCGUGGUAAACGGGAAUUUGGACGAAGAAACAGUACUAAAAAGUUUGAAGCGAAUAAAUAAAUUGCAGACAAGAUUGCCGAGCUGGACACAACUUUUCCCUGAAGGUGAAGUAUCAGCCAAGUUACCACCAACUUUGUUUAGAAACGAAUGUCCCGUGGUGUGGGAGCAGCAUCAGAAACUUUCGUCAUUGGCUUAUAAGAAAUCAAUCACAUUGAUACGUGAUUUUGAUGGAACUUUACCUAUCCCAAAGCAUUUAAGUGCUAGAGGUAGCGACCAAAUUGACUCUAUUUUGUUGCUAACGCCAUUACUAAACCCGAUAUACCCGUGUAAACAAACAGGGUCAAGUCAACGGUUGUUUACUGGAGAGGAGGUGUUUCAGAAAUUCGGCGACUUUUUAUCUAACCAUCCAAUCAACAAAACAAAAUCAUACAAUGUCCUUCACACAACAUACACUGCUAACGGAUUGACACCGCUACAUGAAUCGUUAAUUGAACAAUCUAAAAUAGUUAUUUUUCUCACUAGUGAAGCGGGAAGAAACAUGUACCAAAUUGGUAUUGUAAAGUAUGUUUCCAUAUUGUGCGGAGUCAACCCGUUGACUUUGACUAAAGGGUUGGGUCCAGUUCAGCCAAGAAAGCCAUUAAUUAUAGUUGCCACGCUGUCGCCAUACGAUUUCUUUUACAACAAGAGUAUUGGAAGCGCAUAUUUGUGUUGCUACGACUACACAAAUAAUGCUUUAGAAAACUUGGCAUCUUUGUUGAUGGGGGAUUUUGAAGCCCAAGGAUGUGUUCCUGGAGAAAAGAAGUUUUCGACAAAGCACAAGAAACUGGCGGUGGAAGGUAGAAAUGAAAAUAACCACUUGAGUGCAAAAUCAGUGCAUAAACCUAAAAGGAGAUGGUUGGUUGACGAGUUUCUGAUGGAAAGAGACUGGCAAGGUUUAACCAAGUUAUUGAAAACAAACAGUGAUCAACUUACAAACGAUGGGUUUUAUAAAAGGCUCGAAGGGUUGUUGAGCUCCACAGCGAAACAUCAAAAGCAUUUUGUUGUUCGUAACUCGUCUUUGAAUAUCUUGUAUGGGAUUGUUUUGACAUGGGUCAAUGAAUCAAAUUGCGGACAUCUUGUGUACAUAUUGGUUGAAAAAUCAAAACGUUUGCAGAGUAUUGGGAAAAACUUACACCUCAGAGCAAUACGAUAUUUGAUAAAGGAGAGGAAAUGUAAUGAAAUUGUAUUAGGUAGCUCGUUCCCGUUGAUUUCACUUGGUGGUAACAACAAUAAACCAUUUUUUAAAGGUGUGGGCUGGAACACACAAGUUUCUACGGAGAAGAGUGUCAUGCUUUUGCAAAAUUUGGAUAGCUGGCUGGUGCCACAGAAUAUUUUGCAAGAAAUCAUGAUUGUUGGUGUAAGGUUUGAUAUCUGUUCUGAUACAAGUAAAUUAAUGAAAAUGAUGGAAAGAUGUUUGCUGUCAGAAGCAUACGAUGCAAGAGAGUAUAAAAAUGUCAAGAGUCUAUACAGUGAGGCACAAAAAUACCUCAAGAUCAAUUCUCCUUACGAAGUAAAGAUUAUUCUUGCCCUUGAACCAACCACACAAAAUGUCAUUGGAAGUAUUGUGAUAUUUACUAGCAAUUCCCAAUUGUCAAAGUUUUAUCCGUUUAUUGAUGUGUUUGGAGAAGAAAAUGACAGCCCUGGAAACAGAUCGAUAAUUGGUGCGAUUGCUGGUCCUGUUAUUGAUCCACUGUAUUCCAAUUUAACAGAGAUUUUUAAGUAUGGGUUAAUUUGCAGUGCAAUUACGUUUUUGAAAACAUCUUUGAGUGAGGAUAAUAUAAAGAGUUGUAUAAUGACCGAUAUGGGUACUGAAGAUAAGGCUAUGCGUGGAGUUAAAGAGAUAGGAUUUAAUGUUUGGAAGCCUUAUCACGAUAAUUACGGAUAUAAUAGUGUAAAUAGUAAUGUAGAGAGUAAGUUUGGAUUGUGA